AUGGCAUCUGCGCUUUCCUCUUUGUUGCGAAGGUCCUGUGCGGCUGCCAGGGAGGAAGCAGCGAAGGAAAGCGAGAACAGCAGGAUGAAGCGCUCCUGGUGUGGGUCAUCCUCGACAGCACUCGCUGCCAGUAGGCGUGAGUUCCCCUUGCGGGCCUGGGAGUCUCCACAAGACAGUGCUAUCACCCGAGACAUCAAUCGAACGUUCCCUGCUCAUGAUUACUUUAAAGAUACUGGGGGAGAUGGCCAGGACUCUCUGUACAAAAUAUGCAAGGCCUACUCUGUCUACGACGAAGAGAUUGGCUACUGUCAAGGCCAGUCAUUUCUUGCUGCUGUGCUGCUUCUACAUAUGCCUGAGGAGCAAGCUUUCAGUGUUCUGGUGAAAAUCAUGUUUGAUUAUGGACUCAGGGAACUUUUCAAACAAAACUUUGAAGAUUUGCACUGCAAAUUCUAUCAGCUGGAGCGCCUCAUGCAGGAAUACAUUCCUGAUCUGUAUAACCACUUUCUGGACAUUAGCCUUGAAGCGCACAUGUAUGCUUCCCAGUGGUUUCUUACCCUGUUCACUGCAAAAUUCCCUCUCUACAUGGUCUUCCAUAUUAUUGACUUACUCUUAUGUGAGGGAAUAAGUGUUAUCUUUAAUGUUGCACUGGGAUUGUUAAAAACUACCAAGGAUGAUUUGUUACUGACUGACUUUGAAGGGGCUUUAAAAUUCUUCCGUGUACAGCUACCCAAGAGAUACCGUUCAGAAGAAAAUGCAAAAAAGUUGAUGGAAUUAGCGUGUAAUAUGAAGAUUAGCCAGAAGAAGCUGAAGAAAUAUGAGAAGGAGUAUCACACCAUGAGAGAGCAGCAAGCUCAACAGGAGGAUCCGAUAGAAAGAUUUGAGCGCGAGAACCGGCGCCUGCAAGAAGCAAACAUGAGGCUUGAGCAAGAAAAUGAUGAUCUCGCACACGAGUUGGUGACCAGCAAGAUAGCUCUGCGAAAAGAUUUAGACAAUGCAGAGGAGAAGGCAGAUGCUCUGAAUAAGGAACUGCUAAUGACCAAACAGAAGCUGAUUGAUGCAGAAGAAGAAAAGAGGCGCCUGGAAGAAGAAUCAGCUCAGCUGAAGGAAAUGUGUCGUAGAGAACUAGAUAAGGCAGAGUCAGAGAUCAGAAAGAACAGCUCUAUUAUUGGUGACUACAAACAGAUUUGUUCCCAGCUGAGUGAGCGACUGGAAAAGCAACAAACGGCGAAUAAAGCUGAAAUUGAGAAAAUACGGCAAAAAGUGGAUGACUGUGAGCAUUGCCGGGAGUUCUUCAAUAAAGAAGGCCGUGUGAAGGUUGCUAGUUCUGCCAAGGAUGGUUCAGACGAGGACACGGAUGAGGAGAAGGAAACGCUGAAAAACCAGCUGAGGGAAAUGGAGCUUGAGCUGGCCCAGACCAAGUUGCAGCUUGUGGAGGCGGAAUGUAAAAUACAGGAUUUGGAGCACCAUUUGGGUCUGGCAUUGAAUGAAGUACAAGCUGCAAAGAAAACAUGGUUCAACAGAACAAUAAGCUCUAUAAAAACAGUGACUGGAGUCCAAGGAAAAGAGACUUGUUGAAAAGCAGUUCUGUCAAACACACCUUCGUAACACAACACCUUUUGUUGCCUUCCUUGGCCAGAUGUUUAACUCUGUGACAUGAGAGGACCAGAAUGUAAAUAAAAUAGAAACACAGCAUGUCAGGAUUUCAAUAGGUCAGUGACAAAGAGGAUGGAAACACAAGAAAGGUUUUAUUGCUAGACAUGGGAUCUUCAUACUACUGAUAUUUAACAGGUGAUGUAGCUAGAUUGAAGCUCUUCAGAGAAACACUCCAUUCUGCGGUCUGGCUGGAGGCUUUUCACAGACUAGGUACGAGAACUUACCAAGCCCUAACUGUUAAGUUUACAUAUGAUAGGUUUUUUUACAGUUAUAACCUUUUUUAAUAUUUUAUUUGAAAGGAAAAGCGUCACUAACAAAGAAAACAAAAAAGGAAAAAAAAAAAAGAAAAAGGAAAAAACCAAACAACGAAAAAGAUGACUUUAGCAAGAACUACAUCAGUGCCAGAAAGCAUUCCCCAGAGGUAGGAUAUGGAGAGUAGGAGGUGACAUGUUUUGCUUUAUGAAUGGGGAUGAUUUCAGCAUUCCUGUCGAGCAACCCCGCUUUGUUUUAGUAGAUGCAGCAUCCAUCUCUCUGUGUUUGGCAUUUCUUUCUGUUACUAAUCAAUUCUAUGCAAUCCGGGCUUUUUUGGCACGGGCUGCCAAACAAAUUCACAACCUGAGGCUGGGCGACUUGUCUAAGUGCUAGACAAUAAUCAGAAUUCUUGGCAAAUUUCCGUUUCACUUCUGUGUCAUAUUGUUUGAUCCACAUAUCAACGGCGUUAAAACCCCCAGCACCAGGACUGCUAAAAAGUACUAAUUAUGUGGAUGGUCUGACAUUUAACUGAGUCUUCUCGUUUGUUUUUCUGUCAGUUUUUUUGUUUUGUUUGUGUUUGUUUGGUUUUACCCGGCUGUAGCAGGCCUUCUGUGAAGCUCUGAGAAAGCUUCCAGGAUUUAGUUUUGCACAUAGGUAUGAAUGGGACAAAGAAACAAUAAACUGAGAUAUAUAUGAGGCAGAAAUCACUGCGUGAGUGUAGCUGCGAGCAUCUAUAGCUAUCCAACUCGCUUCCCUGGUAACACGUUCAGAGGUUGUGUAGGUCAUUUUUCACGCUCGCUGCAGUUGCACUAAUAGGUGCUAAACGUGCUUGGAUUUCUUACGCAUUGGAUUGUCUUGAGUUCUCACCAGAAAGCUGUAGAAUGGAGUUAUGCACCUUGUAAUUUUUUUAAUUUAUAAUGGUUUGUGUUAUGCUGAAGUAUCUAUUGCAUCAGUGGAUAAAUUUUGUGUGCAGUGUGAGUAUAAGCUGGUAACAAUAAGAGGCACUGGUUUGUAUAUAAAGAUAUUUGGUUUAUUUUGUAUUUCUACCUUUUUCUUGUUUACUGUACUAAUGCUAGCUAAUGUACUCUGUAACUACAGACUAGAACAUGCUAUGUCCAAGCUUUUUUCCUUAACUGCAUACAUUAUCUCUAUUGUUUAAUACCAAAAAAAUAUACUGUAACUCCAUCAAUAUUAGAUGCGUGGACAUUGUGGUAGCAUAGUUGCAGUGUGUAUACUUUAUGAAUUGAAAUAUAAACUAGUAAAAUUGUAUAACUA